GGGGAACAGGCCAUUGCUAUUGGUUUAUUUGUAUGCCACUUAUAGACUGGAUACAGCAAGUCAACCAUUCAAAUUUAGAAAGAGGAGGGUUUAUUCAGCUAGCCUACUACCGGUAACUUGAAGUGGCUACUGUAGCAUGCAUGGAACUAAACUUAAAGUUCACAAGUAUCUUGUAUGUUAAAUGUCACAACGCUCGAUUUGAGAAAUCGGUCCCACCUUUUGAGAAAACAAAAACUUUUGUUGAAUUCAGUGCGUCUUUGGAGUACGAGCAAUGGAAGAAUUGAGCGAGUCUUCACCCGCUUUGGCGUUCGAGAAGGAAGCAUUUGAGCUGACGGUGGAAGAUGUUUAUGACAUUUCAUACGUGAUUGGCAGAGAUUUGCUGAAAAUAAGUACUACAGGUGAGGAAGUCUCCGAUUUGCAAUUCAAAAUUGUCCGGGUUUUGGAGAUGUUUGAAACGUUAGUGAAUAAGUAUAACCUGUCAUUGGAGGAGCUGAAAAUGGAACGAGACAACUUGAAGAGUGAACUGGAUAGAAUCGUGAGAGAAAGUUCUGCCGGGCAGGAAGCGCAAACACUAGGACCAAACAAACUGGUGGUGGACCUGAAAGAUCCCAAUAGACCACGCUUCACAAUGCAGGAGCUGAAGGAGGUGCUUCAGGAGAGGAACCAGCUCAAGGCCCAGCUACUGGUGGCGCAAGAAGAGUUGCAACUCUACAAGAGUGGGAUGCUGCCACAGGGUGAGCAAGCCAUGGUAGAGGUUGACUUAGUAUCUCCACCCCCUUCAAAACCUGUUCCUGACACAACAGAUGAGUCUAAAGAAGAGGAACCUAACGAAGGAAUGACCACCAUCAGAAAGCUGUUUUCAUUCAGACGGAAAUAAGGACGACCUAUGAGAACAAGGACCUAAGGCAUUACUAAUGAUAAAGCAAACAUUUUUAUGCACAUGCUUUCUAUCAAUGCUUUGUAUUAGAUCAGUUGUUUUCAGUCAUUUUUUUUUUUUUACUGGAAUAAUUUUGCUUUUGAAACUAACUCGGGUGUCUUUUUAUAGAUUUAACUGUUGUCAUUAAUACAGUUAUGGGAAAAUAACUAUGCUCAUUAAGGUCAAAUAACAUGGUACAGACCAAUGAUUUAUCCAGUGCUUUCAGAAAGUAUUCAGACCCCUUACAGCCUUAUUCUAAAAUUGAUUAAAUUGUCCUCCCAAUCUACACACAAUACCCCAUAAUGACAAAGUGGAUUUUUAGAAACGUUUUCAAAUGGAAAUAUAAUUUACAUAAGUAUUCAGACUCGUUACUCAGUACUUUGUUGAAGCACCUUUGGCAGGGAUUGCAGCCUCUAGUCUCCCUGGGUAUGAUGCUACAAGCUUGGCACACCUGUAUUUGGGGAGUUUCUCCUAUUCUUCUCUGCAGAUCCUCUCAAGCUGUUAGGUUGUAUGGGGAGUUUUGCUGCACAGCUAUUUUAAGGUAUCUCCAGAGAUGUUCAAGUCUGGGCUCUGGCUGGGCCACUCAAAGAUAUUCAGGGACAUAUCCCUAAGCUACUUCUGUGUUGUCUUGGCUGUGUGCUUAGGGUCAUUGUCCUGUUGGAAGGUGAACCUUCACCCCAGUCUGAGUGCUCUGAAGCAGGGUUUUAUCAAGGAUCUCUGUACUUAGCUCCAUUCAUCUUUCCGGGGGGUGGAGAAGCCACCGCGUGCCCAUUUUGGCAAUCCUACACAAUUGUAAAAAAAA